GUUGGCGGUGACCGUGGCACAGCGGUGACCCAGCCAGAGGAAGGCGGCGGCGAUUGGAAGUCGCUGCCGCUCUGGGUUCGUUUUGGCGUUAGGGGCGCGGGGCUGGUAGCCCGGAGCAGCGUGCGGGAGUAAUCAGGUGGAAAUUUAGAAUUGUUUGGAGUCAAUACUGUGAUUCCAACCAUGGGUUUGUCUGUAUCUACUCCUGCCGGUGCAGUUCAGACCGCCACUGCUUCAGUUCAUCAGACAGCACCCUCACCUUCAGGAUGCCCAAUGCAUGAAGGAAAAAUGAAAGGAUGCCCAGUGAAUGUGGAACCAUCUAACUCAACCCGUGAAAGCAAAACAUACUCUGUGCCUGCCCACCAGGAACGUGCUUAUGAGUAUGUGGAAUGCCCUGUUAAGGGUGCUGCAUUUGACAAUAAGGAGAACCUUGAUCCAUCAAAUCUGAUGCCACCACCUAAUCAAACUCCUGCACCAGAUCAGCCGUUUGCACUGUCUACUGUCAGAGAGGAGUCAUCUAUUCCAAGAGCAGGCUCAGAGAAAAAAUGGGUUUAUCCUUCCGAGCAGAUGUUCUGGAAUGCAAUGUUAAAGAAGGGGUGGAGGUGGAAAGAAGAGGAUAUUAGCCAGAAAGAUAUGUAUAAUAUCAUUAGAAUCCAUAAUCAGAAUAAUGAACAGGCUUGGAAGGAGAUAUUGAAGUGGGAAGCCCUUCAUGCUGCGGAGUGUCCUUGCGGUCCAUCAUUGGUCCGGUUCGGAGGAAAAGCAAACCAGUAUUCACCAAGGGCAAGAAUUCGUUCCUGGAUGGGAGUAGUUCAGAUUCUUAGCGCACACCUGCAUUUCUGCAGUAUCUUGGCUGACAUCCCUGGCCUGGGUCUCUUCCCCAUUGACCUCAUUCUUCUGUAGACAGGUGAGCUGUCAUCUGAUCUGAACUGGUUGCAGUUCCUUAGCACCAUAUCCCCUUAGCACUAUAAAUAAUGGUUCUGAGUCUCACCCCAACCCCACAAUGAAAUCUUUGAGAGCAGGCAUUUGCAUGCACUUCUUCUGGAUCUUUCUCACUGCUUAAACCAGGACCAAACUCACAAGGAG